AUGAAGGUCACGGGGGUUUACGGCAAUGAUGCGAUGAUGAGGCAAAUCGAAGAAUCCAGGUAUAUUGAAUUGUAUGGAGAUAACACUCAAGAAGGAGACAUGCCGAGAAAGGUUUAUCUGGACGUGACGCGCGAAAGUGCUUCAUACUUCAGGGAUGGACAAAAGAACGUCAAGAAGUUCCGCCAGUCACGACUUUCCAAAGCUUUUUCUUUCUAUCGUAUCGCAACAACAGACGAAGAAAAAUGUGACCAGGCCAGUAAGGAAGGAAACACCGAUUCGGCUUUCUGCAUUACGAAAGACGAUACUCGCUUCUUCGAAAUGUGCACUCGUUUGACUGGCAUGCCCCAAAAUGAAGAACUUCUUGGAAGCCUGGAAUGCGCGAGUCCAUUUGGAACUUACAGAAUAGAGAUGCCAAUUGACGAGAAUUUACCAUGUCAGGAUUCAGACGUGAUAACGAACAAAAACUGCAAAAAUUUAGAUGGUAGCGAGAGUGAAUAA